UGUUGGUAGAGUGCGAAUCGCAUGAUGAAAAACGCUGUUUUGUUGUGCAGACGAGCUGUGGAGAAGAAGCGUGAAUAGUAGUACGUAAUAAACUAUUUCUUCUACUGCCGUGCCUGUGUCAUCUGUAAAAGAGCUCUGUGAAGGGUUACAACAGUAGUUCGCGGCGGAGGUGCUGGGGAAAUAACAUAUUUCCCGUUCCGGCAGAGUGCUUCUAGGCAGAGAAGCUAGAAGCAAACACCAGGACGACGCCUAUUAUGGAACAUAGUUAUACACGGGAAUUUCGGCUGCUAGAAAGUAGUCAGACUGCAAUGACCCGCACACUAAUGAUACAUCGGCCGCCUCAGUGCCCGUCGUGCCACACGCAUUCCCACGAUGAGCGUAUUGAUCUGGAGGAGUCGUACAAUCCACCCAUUCCGUCAUACAAUGAGGAAAGUGCGCGAAGGGCCAUGCAAGAGAGUGAGAAUAUCGGGGUUUCGGCCCGAAACUCCGUGUCAGACGAAGAAGACUGGGAGGAAAGAGUAAACAAGUUUGGAUGGACCGUUCAACAGUUUAAGCUGUUCGAUCGGGUAGCACGGCUGCUGGACAUGGACCGUUUGGCUCGUUUGACCAACACUGAGAAGCAGCAUGAGCCAGUUCACCGGCGCACGGUCAUCGACAAAUCGGUUAGCCGGCUCAGACAAGCACUGGCGAGUGUUUCGUGGGAAACGCGAUUAACCCAGUGGUUGCAUGUGUUAUUGAUGGAAAAUCUGCCACCCUCGUAUCUGGCAAUUUAUAUCGACAUGCUGCAAACAUUACAUGCCAAGCUGCCGCUGUUGGUAGAUAAAAUGAUCUUUGGCAGUACGCUCAACAUUGGCCAGGAGCUCCUCGGACCGGUGUUGAAAAAGCCUUGGGAGCCAAUAGUGACUCCCAAAAAUCGCAAGCUGCCUGGACAGCCGUUUAUUGUUGUAGUGCCAUCGGUUCCCACUCUAUUGCCAUCGCCCCGGCAUCAGAAAUGGUUUACAUUAUUCAGCACCAUGUCACCGGUGGUAGUAAUACAACCACCACAAGAAAAAUCAACUGUUGAAAAGCCGAACAUCGACAAACAAUCGCUACAGCAACUGGCAGAACAUAUGCUAGCAAUGACACGAGCCAAAAUACAACAAGUGCGCAGCUCGGCGCCAAAUCGACCGAUUAUUUUGGUUGGCUUCGAUGCCGGUUCCGCUCUUGCCAUUCAGGUUGGUUUAGUAGAGUCAAUUAGUUGCGUGAUUUGUUUGGGAUUCUCGUACAACACAUACAACGGAGUUCGUGGAGCACCCGAUGAUCAUAUCGUUGACAUUACGUGCCCUGUGCUUUUCGUCAUCGGCCAAAACUCCGCCCGUGCCAGUCACGAAGAAAUCGAAAUGCUGCGUGACCGCAUGUCCACUCAAACAUCACUGGUAGUCGUUGGAGCAGCCGAUGAAUGUUUGCGUGUGUCAAAAACAAAGCGUAAAAUUGAAGGAGUCACCCAGUCGAUGGUGGACAACAUGGUCGCAGACGAGAUAGCAGAAUUUGCAACCAACUGUCUCGUAAGUCCCCCGCGACCAAAACAAUCCGCCUUGGCAGGGUCGUUCCAAUCGGACAGCCCAAUGGAACAAAGCGUGCCAUCGGCACCACGAAGUGAUUGUGACCUUGCUGCACAGCGCAAGCGUAAACACGCACCAGAUCUCAAAGCUGAGACCAAACAGCAGAAAAAGCCUUACAACCGUCGCUUGCCAAAAACAACACAAUCAGCUGAGGUGGCCCAAUCCCUGACUCAGUCUACCCAAGACGCGCCAGAUAUUGAAGCGCAGAGCAACACGCCGACGACGCCUGAGAAGCAAAUAAAAAGCGAGAAAAUAAUUUUACCACUCGCAAAGGCCGAUGAAGUGGUGAAGUAUGAAGUUCGCGAAUCAGGCAACACGCAGAUUAUUUCUGGCCGGGGUAGCACGCCUAUGCUGCUUCCUGCACUGAAACGAGACACUGCGCAGACAACACUAUCGGCUAGCGCGUUGCAUCAGCAGGGCAAUGUGAAUGUGAAAUUGAUUGAAUCGAAUCAACUUAUUCAUCUGAAACCGUCUACCGGAACGACGCAAAAGUUUUACUCCAUAACAUCAACCUCCAAACCAGUCAUGUCCGUGAUAGCAAACAGCAGUCCCGGAGUGAACGAUGGUGCGGUAACGUCGGAGGAAAUUAGCAGUCCACCGAAGUACACAAUCGUGCGCAACACAGGAUCCACGCCUACUGUGUUUAGCAAUGUGAACGAAUCUAAUGUGGCUGCUGGGAAAGUUACGAAAGCUCUGUCGGAGACUAAUAUUUUCGAUCUUCCGAUCGUAUUUGCCGAUAACGAUGGUGUAAUUCAGGAGGGCUCGCCUGAAAAACCGAAGCAAGUACAAGAUACUCGACCAGCAGUAACAGCGCCAGCGUCUGUAGGUAUUGCUGAAAACAAUGCUAGCUCGGCACAGGCAUCAGGCACGCGAUUCGUCACACUGCAACAGCCCGCUGGAAGUAUGCCGCUGUCGAUUGGAAAGCCGAAACAAGUGAUCAACUUGGUGCUCAAUAAGGGUACACUCAAAACUGUCGAUCCCGGCGGUAUGAUCGUUCCUGUAGGAACAAAAAUCAAUCUCCCCAUAGCUGUUGCGUCAAGUGCGUCGCCGGCAACCUCCGUUGGUACGGUAAUGAGCAGUGGUACAACGGGACCGAAGUUUACCAAGGUAGUGUUGACCAAACCAAUGAACAGCGGUGCAACUAACACCAGCGUGGUGAAAAACUUGAGCGAAUUGUUAUCCGGUGGCAAGAUCGAGAUUGUCAACAGUGCUGGCAUGCGCCAAACGGGCGUCACUGGAACCCCGUUGUCUGUACCGCAAGGCAAGUUCCAGUCCAUCAUCAUCAAUCCGUUUGGAGCGAAUAAAGCACCAGGCAGCGCCACUGUGCAGAACACUUCAACAAGUGGAAGCUCGACGACCGCAGGAAGUAAGAUUUUUAUCAAAACAACAGCCUCUGCAUUGUCUGCUGCGAGCGCUUCACCGUCGAUAGUGGGACGCAAUGUAAUGUUGAAAAAAAUAAACAUCGUUUCCACUUCAACGGGUGUGAAGCAGGGUGCAACAGGGAACGUAACGAGUCCAGAGGGCACGAAAAAGCAAAAUACUGUCGGAUGUUUAUUAGAUCUGACGUUACGAUUCAUGAUUUUGCGCACUGUGUGUUUGCUGCUUCGCGUGCCGGUUGCGCAAUGUUUGUUUACGCUACUGUCAAAUAGACUAAUUCAUCGAUACACAAUUGACUGCCGGUUCAACUACACCGGAAGAUGUAAUCUUUGGCACGGGAAAGACAACUUAACGAAAAUGCUUGCCGUAAGACCGUCAAUGAAGAUACUAGCGCAGAUGCAACCGCUGGCUCUGCAUAAAACCCCAAUAAACAGACCAUUUUGGGGCUGGGUGAACAUGAUGUUCAACCGGGUCGAUCGCGCUAGACUGAAGAAGGUUGGCCCCGACCGACUUUGUGCCGAAUGGUUGCUAAAGAAUGGAGCGAAAGCAAAGUUUGUGAAGGACGCCCGUGUGCAUGUGCAUUUUAACGCACUUCCGGACGAGUCCUUGCCGGUGCUAAUGGAAGAACUCGAUGGGACGGAUUCGGGCAUAAUGCACAUUGGGUUCGAUCAUCUGGAGGGUUUGAGUCGGCUCAGGAAAGUUGUCCUCCAUAACUGUGUCUACAUCGACAAUCAAGCUCUGUGGAAGCUGCGAUACGUUGCCAAUACGCUGGAGGAGUUGCAAAUUUCCAAGUGUGGCAAUGUCACCGAUGCCGGAUUGCUACAGCUCAAACAGCUCCCUCAGCUACAACAGGUGAAAACGUUCGAAUUGCCUGAUGUGAAAAAUAUACAGGAAGUGGAAAAAACGCUCAAACAAGCACUUCCCAACUGCAAAUUCGAUAUGAAGCCAUAGAAAAAACGUCGAGAUUGUACGUAGAAUUGGUACCAUCUAGCGCAAUCGCCGCAUACAGGGUCUAACUUAAUAAAAAUAGCACAGAGAUGUGGUGACCCAGUGCAA